UGAAGGCGUUCAUUGGGAUGUUCAGUUAUGGUUGUUUCCUUCGGUUCGAUGAGUUUGCUUGUGGUGCAAAAGUCCUUAUAGGGAAGGGUUUAUUCUGGAGCUUCCUUCUUUCAGGUGCUAUGGUCCUGUUCCGGCUCUCUUAUGAUGUUUAAAACUCUUUCAAAUCUAUCGAGAUUACUCUUGGUCAUUUAAGUUUCGUUGCUAGUUUAGAUUAGUAAAGUUGUCUUGUUUGGACUUUAGCUUCUGAGGAUAUUUUCAUGUUCCGCCGGCUUUGUUUUCCGGGGAUAUAUCGUUGUUCCUCAGGUUCUGUUUUCCUGUUUGGGCUCUUGUAAAACUUUAAAUGCAUUAAUAAUAUACCUUCGGAUGAAAAAUGAAAUAUUGUCAUACUUGGAGUUUCUACAUGAGUUCUCUGAAUUUCUUCGGCAAAAAACUAUUCUGAAACUUUUUCCCAGUGUUUUGAAACCCUGACACCGGCCGCUUGGACCGGUUCAAUUGUUACUCACUCAUCUAGCCGAGUCUGGGUCAGUUCUAAAACUGGAUGUGAGUUGAGCCGGUAAAAUCGGCCAGAAACCGUAAGAAGUGUUGACCAGGUUUUAUUCGGUUUAUAAAUUCAAAUCUAAUUAAACAUUUGUUUUUAUUGAUCUAUAAAUUAAAGAUAGUUUUUUCUUUCAGUUUGCUUUGAAUUAGCGAAAUCUGAUAUAGCAAACGAAAAUACCUUUUUUGGGCAAGAAAUAUAGUUUUUUCUUUCAGUUUGCUUUGAUUUAGCGAGAUCUGAUAUAGCAAACGAAAAAACCUUUUUUGGGCAAGAAAAAAAAAAUGAAAAAAUUGCAGGAACUUGACUUGAACUCACGUAACAAUGAAGAAGAAAGAAGAAGAAACGUGGUAUGCUGAAAUGGAAAAUAGAAUAGUGAAAUUGCACUGUCUACCCAUAGCUUUUACGCGUAAUUAGGUGACUGCCACCAUGUACCAUUAACAACUGUUCCUCGAAAUAGAAAUACAAUUAUGCCCCUAUUAUGCCCCUAUGAGAUGAAUAUGUGCUGUGAGAUCUAAAAGAUUAUGCCUCAGGCGGUGAAGAUAUUAUAAGAUUUGCGUAUCGUAAUCCAUAUCCUCUUGUCAGAAGAUCUGAAUCUUCGAAAAUAUUUUCUGCAGAUCUUCAUUUCAAAUUCGAAAUAUCUAUGGAGGGUGUUUAUCGAUAUCCAUUUAUUUUUAAAAUCCGUUCUGAAAAUAUCUUAUUUCCAGUGCAUGUGUAGAGAGCCUUCAGAUCCAAAUGGAAAAUCAAACAGAGGUGGAACCUUCGCUUCCAAUACCGGAAAGGGUUUUUGCAUUUGGUGAGGAACCCGUUGGUGUGAGUGUCACCCCUUACCAUAAACCGUUUGCAAUCAGUAAGAUUCUCCGUGCUCUGGAAGAUGAUGAGGUCGAUGUUCUGCGGCGUUCCCUGUUCGGAAAGCUUGUGGAGAUUGCAGAGAAACCAACAUUCUCUGGACGUUUUGGCAGAUAUAUUAUAUCAAGACAGUUGAAGGUGAGGAAGAAGCAUGAAGCAUGGUUCUUGUUUGCUGGGAAGCCAAUCAGAUUUUCCCUGCGGGAGUUUACGUUAGUCACUGGACUCAACUGUGGCCCGUACCCACCUGAUGCGGAAAAAAAGGCAAAGAAACAUAUCAACCAGAAACCUUAGUGGUGUGAGCUUUUUGGAACUUUGAAAGAAGUCCCUGUCUACUCAGUCAUAAGGAUGCUGAAGAAGAGAAGUGUUACUGCUAAAGAAACAGGGCUUAAAUAUGCUCUUCUUGCCCUGCUUGCGUCCGUCGUACUCCCCACAACGCACACACCUCAGAUUUCACACGAACAUGCAGAGAAGAUUAAAGAUUUGGAGGGGUUUUUAGCAUUCCCAUGGGGGCGGCUAUCCUUUGAUUUGCUUAUGAGCAGUAUCAAAGAGAGGAACGAAGUUUCUUUGUCCCAGAAUACAAUUGCACUUAAGGGGUUUGUGCUAGCUUUGCAGCUUGUAAUGAUAGAAGCUGUACCUGCGCUUAUGGAAGCUGUUCAUGAAGGAGGGUCGUCCGGGUCUGAAGGCGAAUCUGCAGAUGACGAAGACGUUCCUGAUGAAGAAAGAAAAGGGAAGCGAAGUAUUAGUCCAGGGCAUGCUCGUGAGACUGACUGUGCUGGGAAGGUAAUGUGUUAAUGUUUUUGAAACUGUGUGGUAAUAUUUGGAGAAGAAAAUUUAGUUGUUUGGUUUUGAAUACUGCAGGUACGUGUACUUUCAAUCAUUUCUGUGGCCAGCGACGACUGUAAUGGUCAGUCUGAGUUUGGAUGGUCUGGCGAUGAAGAAGAUGUUCGUGUACAAAAUCUACAAAACUUAAUCGAAGAAGGUUUUCGAUUCACACAUACGUCUUUUACCGGGGGAGUUUCCAAAGCAGAUGUAGCAAUAAUGCGAGAAGAAACGAGGAGUGAAGCUGAGGUGCGGAAAAUAACAAAACAGAAAUCUAACCAAAGGAGUAGCGAUGUGGUGGAUGUGGAAUACAUUGCUAGCACUGUAAAGGCUAGUGUAUCAGUAGAACUUAAUCAUAUUGAUACACAAAUGAAGAUAUUUGCAGACUCCUUCAGCAAGUUCGAAACGAAUAUUGUUCCUAAUAUUCAAGAUAUGUUGAACCAGUUUCGGGAUGAGAUAGUUCGAAUGCUAUCUAAUCAACCCAUUGUAUCUCCCGGCACGAGCAGGCAAAACGUCCCAGAGACUGUACCUGUUACCUGUUGGAAUAACGGCAAUUUGGGAGCACCAAGCACAUCCCGUGGUUGUUCAGGCAACAACGAAGGUCAUACGGGUGUUGGCAUGGACUCACCAAUUCUACCAACGGAAGUUCGUAUUAGUAGGGAGGAAGUUUCAAAUUCUAAAGAUUCAUGUGUCGUUGGUCAACCCCCAGCACGGACCCAUGGAGAGGUUGAUGCCUCACAUAUUAUAACGAACGCAAUGAUUUUCGCGGAGAAUGGCGGAAAUCUUAUUCCCAACGUUGAGAGUAGUGGGACUAAGCAAGCACAACAGAAGGGUGCAAGUGUGGACCUGGUUACUGUUGCUGAAAGCUCUAACUCCCCCAAGGGGUCAGCAACCCCUAACGAAUUGGUAUGAUCUGAGCUCUUAAUUUCUGGAGAAACAUUAUGCUGAUUGCCUUACCGUUAUGUUCUAAAUCGCAGAUUGUCGACCCAGGGCUUGUGUUUCCGAAACCCACCUUUUCUUUAGGCCUAACUCAGGAACAACCAAAGAAGGGAAAUACAAGUUCUGUUGUUAUAAACGAGGAAUCCCGUGGCAUAGUGGUUAAUGAAGAUUGCAUUGGUGUUCAAGCCCCCAAUCCGGAGGCCCCAUGUCACCCUUGCAGGAAAAGCAAGCGGCAGAAGGUUGUUCCAAAAGCGUUAGUCGGUGACUACAAAUGUGAAAAAACAUUUCUAAGUAGGGCUUGGGAGGCUCAUGUUGCGUCAAAGAGCAGUGACGAUUCCAUUGAACUUGCAGCAAAAUUCAGUCAACUAAUUGAGAUGCUUAAAUCUCCAUUUUCCUAUACUGUUAAUGGAGUAAGAAUCAGUAGCAAAGACAUGACUGUAAUGCUGGAAAAGUCAUCCCAUCUACCACCCAAGGUUGUUGAUUUGCUGAUUCAUCACACGCGGGCCUUAUAUAACUCCGACACCGAAAUUUUUUCGAAGAAUCAAUCAGUGUUCCUGGACACAAAGUUUGUGUCUCAGUUCUCGAAGACUUAUGUGCGGUUCUCGAAGGUGGGAAAUAAAGAUAGUUUUAUGUUUCUCGCUUCACUGUUAGAAAGUUUUAAUGCGGCAUGCACCAACCUGGAUCCAUCUCGGUACUACUUCCCUUUUAACUUCGAUAAGUCAAACUGGGUUGGAGGGUGCAUAGAUGCCACAAGUUGCCACCUAGUUGUUUUGGAUUGCAACACCUCUAUCUGCAGUGAUCGGCUGAUGUGCAAUGAGCUGCAGCCUUUUGCAGUCAUGUUCCCAUAUUUACUCAGACAGGCUGGAAACAUAUCUGCAUGAAAGACAUGAAGGCGCUUGCGUUUGACAGACCCCGAACGGUUCCACAGAACCACAAUCAGUUCCAAUCUGCAGUUACUACGGUGCUCCUUAUUCAAGCUCACGCAUUUGGGGGUGUAGAAGUCUGCAAAUUGAUACACCAAAUGUUGUGGAAGGGGAGGUAGAACGAGUUGCAGUUAACAUUGUCGAGAGAUACCAUGCCAUCAUAUGAACUCCUUCCAAUUUCUAUAUUUUAUGUAUCCGAAGUUUGUAAUGGUUGUUGUCUUAGUUUUGCAACUCUGUACUUAGCUUUCUAACUCGUUAUUGGAAAGCUUUAUGUAUGUUAUAUGAAAAGCUUAUUUCCAUUGUUUAUGUAGGUUUAAACCGUUUAGGGAUUAGUUAUGCACGAUUGUCCCUGUGAAAAUGAAGCAUUCGUAUAUAAUACUAGUCGAUCCGAUAUAAAUAUUAUUAACCGGAUUGAAGAAUGUUAAAACCGGUUAUUGUCCAGCUUAAGAUGUAUUUACUUCGCCUGAUAUUAUUAUUGGUUACCGGUUAGAUUACUUCCACUAGCCGGAUAUAAUACGAGUUGACCUGAUAAACAGAAAAGUAACCGAUUAUCUGAAUGUAAAUAUGGUUUUUGUUGCAUGGGUUAGGAUAAUUUUUUUUAAAAACCACGGCAGUAACAAGUGUAAACCGAACCCUAUAUAAGCACUUGGGUUGAUGGCAACCCAAUGGUUUAGGGUUUAGGGUUAAGGGUUUAUUUAAACUGAUUAAAGUUUACAGUUUAUGGUUUAGAUUUUAGUAUUUGGAGUUUAGGGUUUAGUGUUUAGGGUUUGGGGUGUAUGGUUUAGUGUUUAGGGUUUAUUGUUUAGUGUUUUGGGUUUAUUAAUUAGUGUUUAGGGGUUAGGGUUUAGUGUUCAGAUUUUAGUAUUUGGAGUUUAGGGUUUAGUGUUUACGGUUUAGGAUUUAGGGUUUAGAGUUUAGUAUUUAGGAUUUAGUGUUUAGUGUUUAGGGAUUUCUGAUUAGGUUUUAGGGUUUAAGGUAUAUCCGUACUGUCACAUAAGUAAUUGUCCUGAAAAUAUUAUUCGAUACCGGUUAGAUAACUUCCACUACCCGGGUAUAGUACGAGUUGACCUGAUAAACAGAAACGUAACCGGUUAUCUGAAUGGAAAUCCGGUUGUUGUUGGAUGGGUUAUGAUAAUUUUAUUUAAAAACCACGGCAGUAACAAGUGUAAACCGAUCCGUAUAUAAGCACUUGGUUUGAUGGCAACCCAAGGGUUUAGGGUGUAGUGUUAAUAUAAACUGAUUAGGGUUUAGGGUUUAAGUAUUAGUGUUUACGGUUUAGGGUUUAUGGUUUAUGGUUUAGGGUUUAUGGUUUAGGGUUAAGUGUUUAGGGUUUAUUGUUUUGUGGUUAGGGUUUACAGUUUACGGUUUAGAUUUUAGUAUUUGGAGUUUAGGGUUUAAGGUUUAGAGUUAAGAUGUAUUUACUUCGCCUGAUAUUAUUAGUGGUUACCGGUUAGAUUACUUCCACUAGCCGGAUAUAAUACGAGUUGACCUGAUAAACAGAAAAGUAACCGAUUAUCUGAAUGUAAAUAUGGUUUUUGUUGUAUGGGUUAGGAUAAUUUUAUUUAAAAACCACGGCAGUAACAAGUGUAAACCGAACCCGUUAUAAGCACUUGGAUUGAUGGCAACCCAAUGGUUUAGGGUUAAGGGUUUAUUUAAACUGAUUAGGGUUUAUAGUUUACGGUUUAGAUUUUAGUAUUUGGAGUUUAGGGUUUAGUGUUUAGGGUUUAGGGUUUAUGGUUUAGGGUUUAAGUAUUAGUGUUUACGGUUUAGGGUUUAGGGUUUAUGGUUUAGGGCUAAGUGUUUAGGGUUUAGGGAUUACGGUGUAGGGUUUAGGGAGUAAGGUUUAGGGUAUAUACGUACAAUAACAUAAGUAAUUGUCCUGAAAUUAUUAUUGGCUACCGGUUAGAAAACUUCCACUAACCGGAUAUAGCAGGAGUUGACCUGAUAAACAGAAAAGAAACUGGUUAUCUGAAUGUAAAUACGGUUUUUUGUUGGAUGGGUUAGGAUAAUUUUAUUUAAAAACCAAGGCAGUAACAACUCUAAACCGAACCGUAUAUAAGCACUUGGGUUGAUUGCAACCCAAAGAUUUUGGGUUUAGGAUGUAGGGUUAAAUUUAACUGAUUAGGAUGGAGGGUUUAGGGUAUAGGGUUAUGUGUUUAGGGUUUAGGGUUUAGGAUUAUGCGCGUAGGCUUUAGGGUUUAGAGUUUAAGGUUUAGGGUUUAAGGUUUAUGGUUUAUGGUUUAUGGUUUACAGUUUAGGGUAUAGGGGUUAGGGUUUGGAAGAUAAGGGUUUAGGGUUUACGGUUUAAGUAAGAACCUUUUACGAAUUACAUAUGAAUCGCUAGGCGUUUUUGGUUAGUAAAUGGUAUAUGGAAACAACGUAAAAGCAUUUGGGUUGAUUUGAAAGAGAAUGGUUUAGAGUUUAGGGUUGAUGGUUUAGAGAUUAGGGUAUAGAGUUUAGGGUUUUAGAUUUUUUUUUAAGUGAACUUCGUUUAUGAUUUUUUUAAGCAAGUAAAUGAUUGCAACAUUAAAUGAAGAGUCGAUAAUAAUUAGUAAACGGUUAUUUAUAUUGUAAAUAAAAAUAUUGUUAACUGGUUAUAUAUUUCUAAACCGAAAUUGUGUAGUAGACCAGCUACUGUAUUCUUUUUAUUAACCGGGUAGGUAAUUUCGUCUACACGUGCAUAUCACACAUGUAAAAAGUCGGUACGUUGACAUAAAACACGUGUUUUAUACACAUGUUGAGAGAAAGAUAGUUAACCCUUCGAGACGGAGAUUAACUCCAUAUAUCCCAUACCCCCAUAAAUGAAUUUUUACUGCCUCCACUCUAUUCUUCGUACCCUUUUAUUCUUGCACUCCCCAAACUAGCCUUUCAUUUAUUCUCCAAUUAAAUAAACCAACCAUAAUUCAACAACCUACAUGGCCCACAAAACAACCUUAACCAAUCAGAUUUCUCCUGACCCACAUGUCUCCUUCUUCAUCGUACAAGCUUCUUCCUCUCAUCCUCCAUUAGCAUUUUUUGAAGCUCAAAAAAUAGGCAAUUCAGGUUCGUUUUCGAUGAUUUUUUUUUGUGAUAUUACAUUUAAAAAUCGUGUAUAUGAUGGGUAACGUUAAGAAAGUAAGAUUUGAUGAAAAUUUGAGAGAUUAAAAACGAUUUCAAAAACUGUGUUUAGGGCUAUCGGGUACUUUUAACGUCCGUUUUGGAUGAAUUUUUUGCUGAAAUGUUAUUAAAACAAGUGUAUAUCUCGGCUAGUGUAAAAAAAAAAGAUCCAAUGAAAAUUAUGAGAGAUUUAAAAAGAUUUUGAAAAUUGUGUUUAUAGAUUUUGGGUAUUUUUAUGUGUGUUUCGAUGAUUUUCUGUGUGUAAUUUCAUUUAAGAUGAAUUAUACAUCAUGGUUGAUGUAAAAUACUAACAAUAGGGUCCUAAAAGCGAAUUAGUUAGUACAAGGAUAAGUUCUGGGUAUUACUGGUAUAACUAGUUUUACUAAAGAAAAAAAGUUUAUUGGAAAUACUAGGAUUACUAUAUUGAUAUUUCUUACUGUGAUUUCUAGUAUUACUAUGUAUAGUACUGAAUUAAAGUAGUAUUAGUAAGAGAAGAUUGUACGGUGUGAUAAUUAAUUCUAAACAUCUUAAUAAUGAGAAUUCUAAUGAUAUUCUAUUUUAUUUCAGGAAGAUGCAAAAUCUGAAUUGCACAAUCAUUUGUUUUGAUUAUGGAGGAUAUUAUAUGAAAGAUGAGGCUGAAAUAAAAUGGAUCUCGGGAGGUGGUGAAGGAGAAGAUGAAAUCCACACGAUUGUGUUGAGGAAAUCAAUGGAGGAUAUCACUUACUAUGCUUUGGUUGAGCGUAUUUGCAGAAAGAUAAGGGUAGAUGAAUCUAAGGUGCAAGUGAAGAUUAGUUACUUUCCAAUGGUAUUGUAUUCGUACAAGCCAUCAUACAUUUGGAAUGAUGAAGACGUUUUUGGUUAUCUACUGCAAGUAAAUCAUGAGAAGUGUAGAAGUGUUCUACAUGUGGAGUUCAUCAAUGAAGAAGUGCAACUUUUAGAAGAGGAUGAGGAUGGUACUGAGAAUGAUGAAACUGAUGUCUAUGUCGGUCUAUCUGAUAGAGAGGCUAUAGAGGCUGGUGAUGAAGAUGAUAAUGGUGGUGUGCUCACUUUUCACGAAGACAUUGAGAUGCAUGAUGGUGUCAAUCAGAGACGGGAUGAUGGUAUGGAUUUGGUUAUAGGUCAAGAAUUUAUAACCAAGGAGGCAGCAAAAGUUCUUAUUCAAGCAGCGUCGUAUCAGAAAUCUUUUGAAUUUGAUAUAAUUAAGUCGGAUACUAAGAGAUUUGUGGUUAAAUGUCGAGGAGCCAAAGAUGGGUGCAAUUGGUUUGUGCGAGUUGCAAUGUUAAAGACGUCAAAUAUUUGGACGGUUAGAAGUUUCAUCAAGCAGCAUACAUGUUCUGUCGUUACAAGAACACUGCCUGAUAGAGAGGUUGGUGAUGAAGAUGGUACUGAGAAUGAUGCAACUGGUAAUGAAGGUACUGGUGGUGUGCUCACUUUUCACGGAGAGAUUGAGAUGGGUGAGAAUAUCACGGAAAGAGAUGAGCAUGUGUUUGAAGAUACAGAAGUAAGACCAGUAGUUGUCUAUCAGCCACGGGAUGAUGGUACAGGUUUGGUUUUAGGUCAAGAAUUUAGAACCAAGGAGGAAGCAAAAGUCCAUAUUCAGACGGCUUCACAUAAGAAAUGUUUUGAGUUUGAUAUAACUAAGUCGGAUACUCAAAGAUUUGUCGUUAAAUGCCGAGGAGCCAAAGACGGGUGCAAGUGGUUUGUGCGAGUUGCAAAACUAAAGAAUACAGAUCUUUGGACGGUUAGAAGUUACAUCAAGCAGCAUACAUGUUCUGUUGUUACUACAAGAACACUGCCUGAUAGAAGGAAAGGCACAUCACAAAUCGUUGCAUCAGUUUUGGCUCAAGAUUAUCCUGGUACAUUUGACACACCAGUUCCCAAAGUUCUGAUCGAUUUGGUUCAUCGAAAGGUUGGUGUGCAUGUUUCAUACACCUCAGCAUGGAGAGGAAAAAGAGAAGCUGCUAAUGAAGUGCGAGGAAGUCCAGAAGAGAGUUUUACUUUAUUAUACUGUUAUAUGCACAUGCUGGAGCAGACAAAUAUUGGCACAAGAACUCGUGUGGUAGUGGAUGAGGCCAACAAAUUUAAGUAUCUGUUUUUUGCCCUGGGAGCUAGCAUAGAAGGGUUCAGUGCGAUGAGGAAAGUCCUCAUAGUGGAUGGAACACACCUGAAGAAUGUUUAUGGUGGAGUUCUCCUCAUUGCGACUGCUCAGGAUCCUGAUCAUCACCACUACCCAAUUGCGUUUGGUGUAGCAGAUGGUGAGAAUGAUGAAAGCUGGAUAUGGUUUAUGGAACAGUUGAAAUCAGUGAUAUCCGAUGUCCCGGGAUUGGUAUUUCUUUCAGAUAGAAACAAAAGCUUGAUCAAGUCAGUACGUCUAGUGUUCCCUGAGGCCGAACAUGGGUAUUGUAUAUGGCAUUUGUCUCAGAAUGUUAAAACCCACGUCCAUAACAACAAAGAUACUUGUGCGUUCAAGUUUAGAGAAUGCGCACACGCUUAUACGGAGGCUGAGUUCAAGUACCUUUAUCAUGCUUUUCGCCGGAAGUAUCCUAGUGCAGCAACGUAUCUUGACAAAAGUGUUGAAGAGAAGAAGUGGGCUAGAUGUUACUUCAGAGGAGAUAGGUACAAUGUUGACACCACCAAUUCAGUAGAAUCUUUUAAUGGUGUUAUUAAGGAAGCGAGAAAGUAUACCUUACUACCAAUGUUUGAUGUUAUCAUUGCGAAAAUGUCUGAAUGGUUUAACAACCAUAGGAAGGAGGCAGCUGAAAUACCAUACACACUGAAGCUUGUGCCUAUUUUGGAAACCGAAAUGUCUAAAAGAUGUGUUGAUGCGGGGUUUCUUACAAUUGACGAAUUAAACAGCUUCCAUCUUGAGUACAGUGUGCAUGGUACUGACGGCAAGGUUUAUACUGUUGAUAUGGCUAGGAAUACUUGCAGUUGUGAACAAUUUGAUAAAGACAAAUACCCUUGUGUGCAUGGAGUGGCUGCUGCCACAUUCAUGUCUAAGGCAGCGGGAAGGGAACUCCAUCUAUCAGAGUAUUGUUCAAAAUACUAUUUGGUGGAGCAAUGGGCUUUGGCUUAUCACAGGACCAUAUAUCCUGUUCCUCAUAUGUCUGAUUGGGUUAUACCAGAAGAUGUUAAAGCAAAGAAAAUACUUCCUCCAGAUUUUGACAAGAAGAAAGGAAAACCACAACAAACAAGAUUUCCAUCAGUAGGAGAAUCCCGUGGAAGAGGAAAAAGAGGCAGAGGAGGAGCUAGAGGAGCCAGAGGAAGAGGCAGAGGAGAAGGUAUGGCAUCGUAUUUUGAAUGUGGGAGUGGUUCAGGUACUACCUAGGUUUUACUGGAGAUUACUGGGCUUAUUAUGUGAAAUUUGGAUUACUGGGUUUUACUGGUAUUAU